UGUCUUCUUAUCCAGAGAUGGGGGACACGGAGAGCAGCGUGGUCCUUGCUGAGUUUUGGGCUGGGCACGUUGGAUUUGGCACAGAUGGACAGCAAGAUGAAUAGUUUUGACAUGGAGACACUGUCGACGCUGGACUACCCUUAUCUCCCUUCUCUAGAGUACAGCCACAACAGUCCCCACCACCACAGCCACAACAGUCCCCACCACCACAGCCACAACAGUCCCCACCACCACAGCCACAACAGUCCCCACCACCACCACCACCACAACAGUCCCCAUCACCACAGCCACAACAGUCCCCACCACCACCACCACAACAGUCCCCACCACCACAGCCACAACAGUCCCCACCACCACAGCCACAACAGUCCCCACCACCACCACCACAGCCCAGACAGAAGCCACUCAUGUAACCACAGCCCAGACAGAAUCCACUCACUUAACCACAGCCCAGACAGAAUCCACUCAUUUAACCACAGCCCAGACAGAAUCCACUCAUUUAACCACAGCCCAGACAGAAGCCAUUCAUUUAACCACAACCCAGACAGAAGCCACUCAUUUAACCACAGCCCAUACAGAAGCCACUCAUUUAACCACAGCCCAGACAGAAUCCACUCAUUUAACCACAGCCCAGACAGAAGCCACUCACUUAACCACAGCCAAGACAGAAUCCACUCAUUUAACCACAGCCCAUACAGAAGCCACUCAUUUAACCACAGCCCAGACAGAAGCCAAUCAUUUAACCACAGCCCAUACAGAAGCCACUCAUUUAACCACAGCCCAGACAGAAGCCAAUCAUUUAACCACAGCCCAGACAGAAGCCUCUCAUGUAACCACAGCCCAGACAGAAACCACUCAAUCAACCACAGCCCAGACAGAAGCCACUCAUACAACUACACAUACAGCGUGUAUCAACACGCCAGCUCUCCGCUCAAUAUUGACUGUAGAGUGUGUGGGGACACGGCCUCAGGCUUCCACUAUGGUGUCCAUGCCUGUGAGGGCUGCAAGGGGUUCUUUCGCAGAACCGUGCGGUUAAAACUGGUGUAUGACCUCUGUGAGCUGCACUGUCGGAUUCACAAAAAGAGCCGGAAUAAGUGCCAGUACUGUCGCUUUCAGAAAUGUCUGCUUGUGGGCAUGUCACACGAUGCCAUCCGCUUCGGCCGGAUGCCCCAGGUGGAGAGAGAGAAGCUGCAGGCUAAGUUUCUGGAUGUGGACCCCAGGAACCCAGAGUCAGCGGACCUGAGAGCCCUGUCCAGACAGCUGUGCUUGUCCUACCACAGACACUUUCCCCUGACCAAGAGCAAGGCCAAGGCCAUCCUCUCUGGAAAGACCCACGGAAACUCACCGUUUGUCAUCCAUGACAUGAAGUCUCUGACGGCGGGUCAGUACUUUAUAAACUGUAGACAGCUCCCAGUACUGGAGCGCCAGAGGUCCGUCCUGCCCCCUGAGGAGCCUGCUGGGGAGCUGGAGCUCUCCGUCUUCCGCCGCAUCCAGUUCCGCUCCGCCGAGGCCGUACAAGAGGUCACAGAGUUCGCCAAGAGCAUCCCUGGGUUCACAGAGCUGGACAUGAACGACAAGGUGAUCCUGCUGAAGUACGGGGUCAUCGAGGUCAUGACGACCAUGCUGGCGCCGCUCAUGAACAAGGACGGCACACUGUUUGCCUAUGGACAGAUCUUCAUGACCCGAGAGUUCCUCAAGAGCCUGAGGAAGCCCUUCUGUGAGAUGAUGGAGCCCAAGUUUGAGUUUGCGGUAAAGUUCAACGUGCUGGAGCUGGACGAUAGUGAUAUGGCGCUCUUCUUCGCCGUCAUCAUCCUCAGUGGAGACCGUCCAGGCCUGGUGAACGUGAAGCCCAUUGAGGACCUCCAGGAGACAGUGCUGCAGGCCCUGGAGCUGCAGUUGAAGACCAUCCACCCAGACUGCCCCCAGCUGUUCGCCAAGCUACUGCAGAAGAUGACCGACCUGCGGCAGCUGGUGGCCAACCACGUCCGCCUCAUCCACCUGCUCAAGAAGCAGGAGCUGGAGGUGUGUCUGCAUCCCCUACUGCGGGAGAUCAUGAGAGACCUGUACUAAAGUGGAGGGGGACUCAGUUUAACAGCUAUGAGGAAAAGAAGACUGCUCACUGUGAUAUAUACAGUAGUACAGUAUUAUCCCAAUUGUGAUUACUGUAACAAUGUGUAGACCCUUAUAGAUCUUUAACUAGCCUGGUCCUA